AUGGUUAUCUCAGAUAAUAAACUCGAUAAUAAAAAUACCGAAAAUGCUUCAAUGAUUAACACAGAAUCAUCACAAUGUAUUGUAACUCCACAUAAUAUCCUUAAUUUUACUGAACUGAAUAAUUCUUCAGCAGAAGAUACAUUUUUUAUUUUUUGGUUUAUUUGCGUAUACAGAUUUAUAUGUUUUGUAUACAUUUUUAUUAUUUUUACUAUUUCUAUUUCUAUUGGUUUUAUUAUUUCUGGUAUAUUACAGGAAAUUAAAAAAUAUUCAGAAAUAGAAUAUUUAAAGGAUCUGAUACUUGGAGGAGUUCUUGGGAUAUCUCAGUUAAUUAAGUAUACGAUUGAUAGAAACAAUUUUUAUAUUUAUAUCAUGCGUAUACCACGUAAGAAUAUUUAUUCAUCUCUUUUAUAUUCUGUAAUUAUUAUUAGUAGUAUAGGUAUUGUACUGGGGAUUAUUAUAAGCAUACUUUUUAAUAGUACAGAAACAACUGAGAUAGUAUUAAAAUCAACAAAACAUAUGGUAGAAUUAGGAAUAUUUACAUCUAUUAUGCAAAUUAUAGAGGUGGUGGGGAUAUCAUUAUGUAUUUUAAUUUACCACAGGACAGUUAUAUACAGUGACAAGUUUAAAAGAAGAAUUAUGGGGAUUGCAUUAUCAUUAACUAUGUUUAUAAUUUUAUUAUAUGGAUGGUUUGUGUACUAUUCAGUGAUUAAUAAGGAUAUUUCUUAUUUGUUAUCUUUUUAG